AAUCUCUCUUUUGUUCCUUUUUCGUCUUCUCCUUUGUCUCCGAUCUCGAUUUCUCGUGAUCUUUCGAUUGGAAAUUUUCCGUGCGAUGCAAUUUCCUGCUUAGGAGCUGAGCUAGAGUAUAAAGAAUUGAUCUUAAGAUCCAUUGAAGAUGAGGAAUGGAAAGUCUAGCCUGAUCGUCAAUUAAAAAAACUAGAGAUGGAUUGCGGACUGGGUUGAGUUCCUUAGUGCAUCGGCAGAGGUCCAUCAUAGUUUAAGUAGCGAGGGCAGAGCGCACAAGGAAGGAAGAGGGAAGCUCAUCAUCACAACCGCCACCAUCAUCGACAAUGAUCGGAGUUGGCAAGAUCAAGCAGUACUCCAAUGUCCUCGACAAGCCACUCAGCAAGGGCAAGCAAGAGGUUAGUUUGAGUGCUUUUUCUUUCUUGUUCUCGGAGCUUGUUCAGUAUAACCAGACUCAAGUUGACAAUAUCGCAGAGUUAGAGCGCAGGCUGGAGGAUGCGGGCUAUUCCGUAGGAGCUCGAGUUUUGGAACUUCUUUGCCACAGGGAAAAGGGAAAUAGGAGGGAAACCCGUUUGUUGGGUAUUCUAUCUUUUGUACACAGUACGGUGUGGAAGGUUUUAUUUGGCAAGGUGGCUGAUUCACUCGAAAAGGGGACCGAACACGAAGAUGAAUACAUGAUUAGCGAGAAGGAGCUCCUUGUAAACCGGUUUAUAUCUAUCCCUAAAGAUAUGGGGACGUUUAACUGUGGGGCGUUUGUGGCGGGAAUAGUAAGGGGUGUUCUGGAUAGUGCUGGAUUUCCAGCCGUCGUGACUGCACACUUUGUUCCUGUCGAGGGGCAACAAAGACCUCGAACCACAAUCUUGAUAAAGUUUGCAGAAGAGGUACUUAGGAGAGAAGCAAGACUGGGUUGAGCUCCUUGCACGAUCAUAUCACCAACUUUGAUUCAAUUCAUAUGGUCACGAUGGAGAAUUUGGAAAGUAGUUUUCACUUGCUGGACGCUGUCAUUUCCAACAUACUUCGUUUCCAUCUUGACUUACAAGGGAGCAUGAGAUUUAGAGUGAUAAGUAAUGGUGGUCUUACCCGAGACACGAUUAUUUCAAUUAUAGUGUUCCAGUUCAUGUUGCUUGAAAAAUGGGAUGGAAUGAAUGUCCGAGCAAUAUUGGUGAUGAUACAGAUACAACUCUUGUAUUUGGCAGUCAGCAUGCAUGGCGAACUGAUAUGUAAUGAUACGUGGAAGCUGACUAUUGUAUUUCAAUCGAAUUUUUGUGUGUUUGCCUUACAUGAGAUAUGGUUGUUUCAUAUA